AUGCAUCCGACGCCCUCCGGCGCUGCCACGCGCACGCCGGCACGUCCGCCGCUGGUGCGAGCCGCGCUCUCGGCGCCAGCCGUGCCGCACAGCGACGCCGGCGUCCUCUCGCUGCGCGCCGCGGCGCCCGUGCGCUUCGUGGCGUCGCCCGCCGCGCGGCAGCGCCUCGCUGCGCUGCCGCGCCUCGACGUCGCCUGUGCCUCGGCGGCGCCCGAGUGUGCGGCGCCGCAGCGCGCCCUCGCACAGGCACUGGUGCUGCAUGCCGGCGCGCUCGGCAGCAGCGGCACCGACGCCGGGCCCGGCGCCGCCUUCUCCUCGCCCUCGCCGUCGCCGUCGCCGCGCAGCUCGGACGCGACGCCGUCGGCCACCUUCUCGCCGCUCUCGAGCGCGCGCGUGCGCCCGUCAUCGGCGCUCUCGCCGGCGCCGGCGCUGCAGGCGCAGCACGUGGGCUAUGCCCUGCACGGCCAUGCGCCGUCCGACGCCCCGCACGCCGGCGUCAAGGAGGCGCUGCGCGACGCCGACGACGCCGACGACGCGAGCCAGGAGCCGCUCGACGACGGCGAGCCGGGCUGGUACCGCGCGGCGUGGCGGCGCGAGUGCCUGCGCCCGGGCGCGGCGGCACAUGCGCCCGAGGAGCCCAUGAUGCCCUGCUGGCAUGUGCGCCGCCUCGAGGCCGCACUGCUCCUCGACGCCUGA